UUCUCUUUUUCUUCAACACUCCUUCACUACAAUUUUCAAGUUCAUCUCUUCCAAGGAAGAAGAUAGAUACACAGCUUACACCAUAGUUCCUGCCACAAUUCAUGUUAUAAUCGAAUCUCAUUGUUUCAAGUUUUAGUUUGUAGCUCUGAUCCAAACCCUAUUUCGUCUCUGGAGAUUCGAUUUUCGAUUGUUUGUUUUCUUCAUCUAUUUGAUUUGGUUGAGGGGAUUGUUGAAGUAUGGCGACUCAGAGACCGCAGAGGACGCCGGAUGAUAUGGAGGAUAUUGUCAUCCGGAAAAUCCUCCUAGUAUCUUUGAUCGAUUCCAUGGAAAACGAUUCUAGGGUCGUUUAUUUGGAACAGACGGCGGCUGAGAUACUCAGCGAGGGGAGGGAUUUGAGGGUUUCUAGGGAUUUGAUGGAGAGAGUUCUGAUAGAUCGACUCUCUGGGAACUUCGUGGCUGCCGAGCCGCCAUUCCAGUACUUGGUUAAUUGCUAUCGUCGAGCCCAUGACGAAGGGAGGAAGAUGGCUAACAUGAAAGAUAAGAGCUUGAAAUCUCAGAUGGAGUUGGUGGUGGCACAAGCAAAGAAACUGGCAAUUUCCUACUGCAUAAUACAUUUAGGGAACCCGGACAUGUUUCCGAAUCCGGCAAAGGAUAAGUCCAAUGUUUCUCCUUUGUUGCCUUUGAUCUUUUCGGAAGUUUCUCUUCCAGUGGAUGGAUUUGGGAGCACUAGUAAUGGUAGUGGAGUGACUUGUCCUCCUGGUUUUCUGGACGAUUUCUUUAGAGAUGGGGAUUUUGAUAGUAUGGACCCGAUUUUGAAACAGUUGUAUGUUGAUUUGAGGGGAAGUGUGCUAAAAGUAUCAGCUUUGGGGGAUUUUCAGCAGCCACUCAGAGCUUUAUUGCUAUUGGUCAAGUAUCCAGUAGGGGCAAAGUGUCUGGUGAAUCAUCCUUGGUGGAUACCAAAAAAUGUGUAUAUGAAUGGGAGGGUUAUCGAGAUGACCAGCAUUUUGGGGCCUUUCUUUCAUGUCAGUGCUUUACCUGAUAAUACUUUAUUCAAAAGUGAGCCUGAUGUUGGUCAGCAGUGCUUCUCAGACGUGUCAAUGCGUCGUCCGGCUGAUCUAUUGUCUUCGUUCACAACUAUCAAAACUGUCAUGAACAACUUGUAUGAUGGCUUGACAGAAGUGCUCAAGUGUCUUCUUAAGAAUAUAAACACCCGAGAUAGUGCUCUUGAAUAUAUUGCACUGGUGAUCAACAAAAAUGCAUCAAGGGCUCAUAUUCAGGUUGAUCCAUUAUCCUGUGCUAGUUCAGGUAUGUUCGUGAAUCUGAGUGCAGUUAUGCUUCGGCUUUGCGAACCAUUUUUAGAUCACAAUUUGUCAAAAAGGGACAAGAUUGAUCCUAGCUAUGUGUUUUACAGUGAACGCCUGAAUUUUAGGGAUUUAACUUCUUUACAUGCAUCAUCUGAAGAAGUCUCUGAAUGGAUAAGUAGAAGUAGACCUGGGGAAACAGAUACCUCUAAAGAUAGUAAUGGUGGCGAGUUCAGGUUGUUAUUACCGCAGGAAUCUACAAUCUCUGUGAAUAAUACAGUAGGAUCUUCUAUUCUGCGUGAUAACAAAACAAAACCCAAUUCCACCGAGAAAGAUAAAUAUUCAUUCAUUUGUGAAUGUUUCUUCAUGACAUCAAGGGUCCUUAAUCUAGGCCUGUUAAAAGCAUUUUCAGACAUCAAACAUCUCGUUCAGGACAUUUCAAAAUGCGAAGAUAGUUUAUCUACGUUAAAAGCGAUGGCCGAACAAUCACAAGUUUCCCAGUUUCAGAAUGACAUAGCACGCCUUGAGAAAGAACUUGAGCUGUAUAAUCAGGAGAAAUUAUGCUAUGAAGCUCAAAUACUUAGGGAUGGAGGGCUUAUUCAACGUGCAUUGUCAUUCUAUAGGUUAAUGGUUGUUUGGUUGGUCGACAUUGCUGGGGGAUUUCAUAUGCCUCUAGCAUCAACCUGUCCUAUGGAAUUUGCCUCAUUGCCUGAGCACUUUGUGGAAGAUGCCAUGGAGUUGCUUAUUUAUGCUUCUAGAGUACCUAGAGCUUUGGAUGGUAUAAUUCUGGAUGACUUCAUGAACUUCAUCAUCAUGUUCAUGGGAAAUCCUCAGUAUAUUAGGAACCCAUAUUUAAGAGCAAAGAUGGUUGAAGUCCUUAACUGUUGGAUGCCCCGUAGAAGUGGCUCAUCUGCAACAUCAAUGCUGUUUGAAGGGCACCAACUUUCUCUGCAGUAUCUUGUCAAGAAUCUCUUGAAGCUUUAUGUUGAUAUUGAAUUCACAGGUUCCCACACUCAGUUCUAUGACAAGUUCAACAUCCGUCACAACAUUGCAGAACUUCUUGAAUACUUAUGGCAGGUUCCAAGCCACCGUAAUGCAUGGAGACAGAUUGCUAAAGAUGAAGAGAAGGGUGUCUAUUUGAACUUCUUGAACUUCUUGAUCAAUGAUAGCAUUUAUCUUCUUGAUGAGAGUCUUAACAAAAUUCUUGAAAUCAAAGAAUUGGAAGCUGAGAUGUCUAAUAGAGUGGAGUGGGAGCAAAGGACACCUCAAGAGAGGCAGGAGAGGACUCGACUCUUCCACUCUCAGGAAAAUAUAAUUCGAAUUGAUAUGAAGCUGGCAAAUGAAGAUGUGAGCUUGCUGGCUUUUACUACGGAACAGAUUACAGCCCCAUUUCUACUUCCUGAGAUGGUGGAGAGAGUUGCCAGCAUGUUGAAUUAUUUUCUGUUACAACUAGUGGGCCCACAGAGAAAAUCUCUCAGCUUGAAAGACCCCGAAAAGUAUGAGUUUCGUCCAAAAGAGUUGUUAAAGCAGAUUGUGAGAAUAUAUGUGCAUUUGGCUAGAGGAGAUACAGAGAAUAUCUUCCCCACUGCAAUCACUAAAGAUGGCCGUUCAUACAACGAACAGUUGUUUAGUGCUGCAGCUGAUGUCCUUAGAAGAAUUGGUGAAGAUGGAAGGAUCAUACAAGAGUUUAUGGACCUUGGUGCUGAAGCCAAAGUUGCAGAAUCAGCCGCCAUGGACACUGAAGCUGCUCUUGGAGACAUUCCUGAUGAAUUCCUCGAUCCAAUUCAAUAUACUUUGAUGAGGGAUCCAGUUAUUCUGCCCUCGUCAAAGAUCACGGUCGAUUUGCCUGUCAUCCAGCGGCAUCUUCUGAGCCAUAGUAGUCCAUUUGGGAUGUCCCACCAGCAGGCUCUGGCUCACGUCACAGCUCAGGCGGCAUUCAACCACUCUUACAAACAAAUGCAAGCCGAGUAUCAACAUUUGAAAAAGGAGACAAAAGAACUUCCCCAAACAGACCCUAAAAUCAAUUCUACUGUUAUUGAGAAACCUGCUAGCGAUGGUUAUAACUGGAGGAAGUAUGGGCAGAAACUGGUCAAGGGAAGUGAGUGUCCGCGAAGCUACUAUAGAUGCUCACAUUUGGACUGCGCUGUUAAAAAGAAAGUCGAACGGUCCACAGAUGGACGCAUAGUUGAUGUCUCGUACAAUGGGGAGCAUAACCAUGAGCUUCCUAAGUCAAACAAGCGAAAGCAAGAUGAAUGCAGAAGUGAGGAAAUUGGAGGACCCACCAAACUAGUCAUGGUGGCUUGUAAAAGUGAUGAAGUGGAGGGAGCAGCUAAGGUGUUAGAUGAGGAGGAAGAAGAUGAAGAGGAAGAAGAUGAUGAUGCUCCAAACACAGAGACAAAGUAUGCAUUUGAUAUGUUCCAUCAAUUGGUUAAUUACAUUUGUCUCCCCGAUCCCUUAGGUUUUGCGAAUUUCCAAAAUGUCCCUUGGUUGGGUUCAGGUUUUGCCAGUUUAUCUACAUUCACCUAGGUUCAUCUCAAUCCAAAAGGAAGCAUCAAUGUUUCCAAAAAAAAUGAUAAUAAGACCCUCCACCAUCCUGAUAUUUCACAAAAUGCCACCGAAGUAAUGGUAUUGUUGCAAAGAGUCUUUUUGAUGGAAUGGCUCAAAUAUUUUAGUCAAUAAACUGUGUUAAAGAUA